AUGGCGUCUGAUGCUGCGUCGCAGAAUGCGGCUGCGGAGGUCUCCACAGCCAAGCCCCAGAAACUCCAAGGUAGACAAUUCUAUGAGAGUCUGGGUAGCCCCAAAUACAUUGUGGCUCCUAUGGUUGAUCGAUCGGAAUUUGCGUGGCGCAUGCUCUCUCGAUCCUUCUUGCCUCCGGACGAACAAAAAGAAUUGCUCGCAUACUCUCCAAUGUACCACGCACGACUGUUCCGCGAACAAGCAAAGGUCCGCUCUUCCCACUUUCAGCCCACUCGUGGAUCGGCUGGCGAUGCAUCCAAACCAGACGAGCUAUUCCUUGACGGGAACCCGGCUUUCGACCGACCACUCUUCGUCCAGUUCUGCGCCAAUGAUCCAAACGACUUUUUAGAGGCUGCGCGACACGUUGCGCCAUACUGCGAUGCUGUGGAUCUGAACUUGGGAUGCCCUCAAGGCAUUGCGCGCAAGGGUCACUAUGGUGCCUUCCUUCAGGAGGAUUGGGAUCUGAUUUACAAACUCAUUAACAAGCUGCACACCGAGCUUGAUGUGCCAAUUACAGCGAAGUUUCGCAUCCAGGAAACGAAGGAGAAGACUCUGGAGUAUGCGAAGAUGAUUCUUUCCGCGGGCGCGAACAUCAUUACGGUCCACGGGCGCAGGCGUGAGCAGAAGGGCCACGAAACAGGUCUUGCGGAUUGGAGCUACAUUCGCUACCUGCGAGAUAAUCUACCACCUGACACCGUAAUCUUUGCAAACGGAAAUAUUCUCAACCAUGAAGAUAUCGAAGUUUGUCUUAAGGAGACGGGAGCCGAUGCUGUCAUGAGUGCUGAAGGAAAUCUCUCUGAUCCCACUAUUUUCAGCAGGCCACCGCCUCCUGGCAGUGAAGGACGUGAUUACUGGCGCGAUCGUAAUGGCAAGGGCGGCUACAGAAUUGAUGCGAUCUUGCGCCGAUACCUCGAUAUUAUUUACAAAUAUGUUUUGGAACAGCCAGUUCCUCAACGAAAGCCGCUUUUCCUUCCGUCUGAUCCGGUCGAUGAAACAGAGAAGUCAAAGGCUGAAGAUGGUGAGGAUGAUGGCCCUCCUAAGAAGAAGCAAAAGCGGGAAAAGAUCAAGCGGCCAAACUCUGCCAGUCUGGUUGUGAUGCAAGGUCAUCUUUUCCAAGUCCUUCGACCAAUGGUCUCCACUCACACCAAUGUGCGAGAUGCGCUUGCACACACAAGGCCUGGUGAUAUGGCUGGCUUUGAAGGAGUUUUAAGUCUUGUGGAAGAAGCUAUCAAGGCUGGACUCACGGAGUAUGAGGCAACACCCGAGAAGUUUGAGAAACCUCAUGACCCUACCCUGACUGGGUCUAAGGCUACCAUCGCGGAGUAUGGGCGUCCAUGGUGGCUGUGUCAACCGCAUAUCCGGCUCUUGCCUGAGGAAGCCAUUGAAUCAGGAGCUCUGAAGCGGAAGGGCACAGAUAAUGCUCAGAACGAGAAGAAGACUGAGGACAAGAGUGAGACCAUUAAAAAGGAGUCUACAGGGCCCACAGAUACCAAAGUUCCCUCUGAAGGUGUUGCCACUCCUGCGACAGACUCCUCAUCAACCUUGACUCCCGAUCGCCUUGUGAGUGGUUGA